CCACGUCACCAAAUUGGAGAGAACAUCAACCUGUACACGUGGUCAAUGAACAAUAUCAAAAGUACACCUGUCAUGAUACUAGCAAAUCCAAAACGCUGAUUCGAAAACAAAGGUGAAAAAGAUGCAUAUGGAAUUGGAAUUAAGCAACCCUAAAAAUGGACAUGAAUUUCUACCUUACCAAAUCCAAGUGGGUAUCAACAGUAGCAAGCAUAUGGAUCCAAUGCACCAGUGGAUCACUCUACACUUUCUCCAUCUACUCCCAAACUCUAAAGUCAACGCAACACUACGAUCAGUCAACGCUCGACAUCGUUUCUGUUUACAAAGACAUCGGAGCCAACAUCGGUGUCCUGUCAGGUCUCUUAUACGAUUUCCUUGCCACCAGAACAGCAACUGGGCCGUGGCUUGUUCAUUUAUUGGGCUCGGCCCAAUGCUUCUUGGGCUAUUUUCUUAUGUGGGCUGCUGUCUCCGGCCUCCUUCCACCGGUGCCUUUGCCGCUCAUGUGCUUCUUUAUGUUCGUGGCGGCUCAUGCUCAGAGUUUCUUUAACACUUCUAAUGUUGUCACCGGUGUUCAUAAUUUCCCUAAUUACAGUGGAACCAUCGUCGGCAUCUUGAAGGGAUUUCUAGGUCUAAGUGGAGCAAUAUUAAUUCAAGUGUAUCGAACGAUAUUCAUCGACAAACCUAUGUCAUAUCUUUUGAUGCUAUCACUCUUACCAUCUAUUAACACUUUGAUACUCAUGUGGUUUGUAAGAAUCCACUACACUCAUGAGGUAGAAGAAAAGAAGUAUCUCAACAUAUUUUCUUUGAUGGCUCUAGCCAUUGCUACAUAUCUUAUGAUUGUUAUAAUCCUAGAGAACAUCCUUAGUCUACAAUUAUCGGUCCGCAUAUUUACAUUCAUCGUGCUUAUGGUCUUGCUAGCCUCGCUUCUUUAUGUUCCAUUUAAAGCGCACAAAAGGAGCUCUAGUAGUGCUUUAGAAAGAUUUCUUGAUGAAGGAUCCAACCUAAUUGCAGAGCCAAGGUCUCAGGAUACAGAGAAGAGGGAUUCAAGAGAAGAUUCUUUCGAUAACCCUUUGUCGGAUAAUACUAACAACCAAAGGACUUUACAACAAGGAGAAAAUCUCAAUCUUUUCCAAGCAAUGCAAACGUUGAAUUUUUGGUUUUUGUUUGUUUCAAUGGCAUGUGGAAUGGGAUCAGGACUUGCCACGGUUAACAAUAUGAGCCAAAUAGGAGAAUCUCUUGAUUAUUCCACCAUUGAGACAGGCUCCUUGGUUGCCUUAUGGAGCAUUUGGAACUUUCUCGGCCGGUUCGGAGCUGGUUAUGUGUCAGAUUAUUUUUUACACACAAGAGGAUGUGCAAGACCUUUUUUUAUGGUGAUCACUUUGAUGAUCAUGAGCAUUGGUCAUGUAGUGAUUGCUUAUGGACUUCCGGGUGCGCUAUAUAUCGGUUCGAUAUUGGUCGGUAUUUGUUACGGCUCACAGUGGUCUUUAAUGCCAACAAUCACUUCUGAGGUAUUUGGCGUGGGACAUAUGGGAAGCAUAUUCAACACCAUUUCUAUAGCAAGUCCAGUGGGAUCUUAUAUAUUCUCUGUAAGAGUACUUGGUUAUAUAUAUGAUAAAGAAGCAUCAGAAGAAGGUAAUGUAUGCAUUGGGACUCAUUGUUUUAUGUUUGGUUUUCUCAUUAUGGCAUUUGCAACUAUUCUUGGUUCUUUGAUGGCCUUAUGUUUGUUUUUGCGGACGAGAAAGUUUUAUGGUCAGGUUGUUUUUAGAAGAAUUCAGAUUAUUCUGUGAAGUUAUUUUGGUUCAGCGACAUAAUUACUUUGUGUGCGCGCGUUCAUACUUGUGUAACUCACUCUCUAUGAUUCUUGUGACACUAUAAUUUGUUGCGGAUCAUCCUCAUAAACAUUAUGUACAUGUAAUUAAUAUGCUGCAUAAUGUUACAGGGUAUUAUGUGUAUAGUUCACUGGUUUAGAUCUACAACUACAUUGAUUGGCAUCUAGGAUCCCAUCUGAUUUGAAUUUUUCAUAUCUCUUUUGGAUUUUAUUUUGUAUAAGAGAAAGUUGGAUAGUUUUGUUGAUUCGCGUAAUCUUA